AUGAGUCUUCUCAAAGAACGAAAACCAAAGAAACCUCAUUAUAUUCCAAGGCCUCCAGGAAAGCCAUUUAAAUAUAAGUGUUUUCAGUGUCCCUUUACUUGCAAUGAAAAAUCACAUCUUUUUAAUCAUAUGAAGUAUGGCCUCUGUAAAAACUCCAUUACAUUAGUAUCAGAGCAAGAUCGAGUUCCCAAAUGUCCCAAGUCCAAUUCAUUAGAGCCCAAACAAACUCAUCACAUAGAUUCUUUGGUUAAGCCUACUACUUCCAAGUCAAUCACCAAUGGACAAACAAAUCUUGAUUCUAAGCUUCAACACAGUUUUGCCAAGGAAGAAGCCAAGGAAAAUUUAGAAUUACGAAACUGUGUGACAAAUAAAUCAUCAGGACAAAAUCCUCCAGUUCAGAAGAAAGCAACACCUCUUGGUUCAGCUACAGAAAGUACAAUUACUAUCCAGCCUAUUUUAGAAGGUGGUGCCAGACCUUCAGCUUUUGUACCUGUAGAACACAGACUUAAAGGAUCAGAAAGUGAUGAAGUAUCUGAAAUGCUGGCAAUACCUGACCCAAUUACCAAAAGUUCCUUUCACACUAAAUCUGCAUUCCAUGCACCUAAUCAUCCAUGGAAAGCUGGCUCUUUUCUCCCAGAGUUUUCGCAUAAAAUUCCAUCUACAAAAGGUUUUGGAUCCAUUUCUUCUUAUAUACAACCAACUAUUCCAGAAUAUCCACCUCAUUUUUACACAGAGCAUGGACUAGCCACUAUCUAUUCACCUUAUUUACUUGCAGGUAAUUCAGUAGAGUGUGAAAACUCUUUGUUGUCCGUCUAUGGUACUCAAGACCAAAGACAUUUUCUUUCCCCGCCAGGAUCAAUCCCUAAACACUUGAAUCCAUCACCAUCAACAUAUGAGCCCUACAAAUUUUUCCAGCAGUAUCAGUCCAGUCUUCCCAUACCAUAUGGGUUCUAUAGACCAGAGUCUGCAUUUUCUUCCUAUGGCCUUAAACUUCCACAUGUUGCUAGUAUUACAAGAGAGCAAAGUUCUCACCUACUUGAAGAAACUAACUUGAUCUAUCCAACUUCAAAUCCAUCCAGAUUAAACUCCUGGAACUCCCACAAAAAACACGUAGAUUAUGAAAAGGAAAGUUUAAUUCUCCAAAGCCAAGAUCCUUCCAAAGAUGAGCCAAAUGAUAGAGAUGGGGCCAAGAUGAGCCCCCGUGCAGGAAGUGCAGCUACAGGAUCUCCAGGAAGGCCAAGUCCCACCAACUUUACUCAGACAAGCCAUGCAUGUGAAGGACUGUUUGACCUAUCAAGUAAAUCAUCGCCUGGCCCAUUUGGAAAACUAAAUCAACAUGAAGAAAAUGCCACAGCCUUUAAACUUGUGAGAAAAAGUUCAGAAUACCCUGAUCCACAGUUAAAUAGAGUUGACUCCACAAGAAGCAUGAAUGUUACUGAUGAAGAUGUGCAACAUCAGAUGGAAGGUACUUCUAACACAAAUGAGGACUCUUCUAACACAGAGGAAGACACAGGAAUAGCUCCACUCAAUCUUUCUAAGAAAUCUGAAAAAAAGGAAACUGUACAUGAACAUAUGUACAAAAACAUGACUCAUUUGGAAACUCAAGACACUAUGAAUCUACAAGACAUGCCUUUAAACCUCUCAGUGAAGGAUUCCUGCAAUACUCUGAACCUGAAACCUUCAUCAGACAGUCUAUCACAAGAUGCUGAAGCUGCUGCUACUCAGAAAAUUGAAAGUUCUAAAGCAGAACAUUAUAUAAAGAAUCACCAGCAAAGCAUCCACCAAGAUGACAUUUCAUUCACAGCCGAUAAUGGUGAAGCACAAGAUUUAAGAAUGAUUGACAACAGUGAUGAACAGAAACAAACAGCAGCUGUUGCUCUCUGCCAAUUAGCUGCAUAUAGUCCUGGAAAAAUAAGGGUAGAAAAUGAAGAGCAAAAUGCUCAGGAUUCCACUUUUCAAAAAGAUGAACCCACCUUCAGUUCCAAAGAAAUUCAGGAUAUUGAAUGUAAUCCUAAAACAAAAGGCCAAAGAGGACGAAUCAAAAAGAAACAGGAAAACCUCCCCAAGGAACUAAAAAGGCAAAAUCAAAUGACACUGCAAGAGUGUUCACUUUAAGAAAGAGAACACGGGUGUCUUAACACUUAACUUUCAUAUAUGCUUUCACACCACAAAAAAGCAAAGCUUAUCCACUGGACCACAUGACGUAGCAGCAAUUUUCAAGCAAAUUUUCUAUUGGAUCAACUGUUACUAUGUGUUUUUUUCUUUUUUGUUCUAAGGAAAGCAACGACCUGUAAAUAGUAAAUGUUUAUACCAAAGGUGCUUAUAAAUUUGUAAUAAAUCCUUUUUUGAGUGAUCCAAGUUUCUUAUGCAUAUGCCCAAGAUUCUGAUAAGCACACUUCUGCAUUCAUAACCAACGCUACCAAUGGAAAUACAAUGGAUGAAAGAAUAAUGCUUUUGGUGUAAGCCACAUGGCAAGAACACUUUUACAUUUGCUUUUAUUACAAAAAUGUUUUAUGCAUUAGAAAUAACUUUUUAUUUGUUGUAACAAAGGUAUCCUUAAAUUUUUGGAUUUAUUUACUGUUACCUGUUUUGCAAAUAAAAUGUAAAUGUCUUG